CCGGCCGGAGCUCCGUUUCCAAGGACGCGCACGCCUCCAACUUCCGGCUGCGAGAGGCGUGCCCAGGACCCUGACUCGGGUAUCCGGCUUCGUGCGGCCGCGCCAGACCCGGACUCGGAGCCGCCUUCGGCCGGAGAUGAGUAGCAAUGACUCGUUCCUUAUGGCUGGAAUCAUUUACUACAGUCAGGAAAAGUACUUCCGCCAUGUGCAGCGUGCCGCAGCCAUGGGCCUGGAGAAAUUCACCAAUGAGCCCGUGCUGCAGUUCUUUAAAGCCUACGGAGUCCUCAGGGAAGAGCGCAUCCAGGAUGCCAUCAGCGACCUGGAGAGCAUCCAGAACCACCCAGAUGUGUCCCUGUGCUCCAUCAUGGCCCUCAUUUACGCUCACAGGCACUGUGAGGCCAUCGACCGAGAAGCCGUCCAGGAGCUGGAGAGCAGCCUGAGGGAAGUCCGCAAGACAGCCAGUGGGGCUGCCCUGUACUACGCCGGCCUCUUCCUCUGGCUCCUGGGCCGCCACGACAAAGCCAAGGAGUACAUCGACCGCAUGCUGAAAGUCUCCAGCGGCUCCAGAGAGGGCUACGUGCUCAGGGGCUGGGUGGACCUUACCUCAGACAAGCCCCACACCGUGAAGAAGUCCAUCAAGUACCUGGAACAAGGAAUUCAGGACGCCAGAGAUGUGCUGGGGAUGAUGGGAAAGACUCACGUCAGCAUGUUUGGGCAGCGCUUCGCGGUCUCCUUCCUACGCAUCGAUUCAGAGGGUGCCUUAAUCCUAGAAAAAGAUGAAGGCAAUAUCGACGCCCACCAGAUUCUAGCUGUGCACGAGCUUGCGAGGGACGGCAACCUGACCAAAGCCGCCGAGCAUGUCAGAAACCUGAUUAAGGCACUAGAGAUGAGAGAGCCCCAAAAUCCAAGCCUCCAUCUUAAAAAAAUUCUUGUGAUUAGCAGACUGUGUGGAAGACAGCAGGCAAUCCUACGGCUAGUGUGCAGCUUCAUGGAGCGCAUCUUCUUGGCCAACCCCUCCCACACCCACGUGGCCAUGGAGCUGGGCUAUCUCUUCAUCCUGCAGGACCAAGUGAAGGAGGCAUCGCUGUGGUACUCUGAGGCCAUGAAGCUGGACGAGAGCAGCAUAGCCUCCUUGACAGGGAUCAUCUGGUGCCAGAUCUUGGAAGGCCACCUGGAGGAGGCUGAGCACCAGCUGGAAUUCCUGAAGGAAGUGCAGCAAUCCCUUGGGAAAUCUGAGGUGCUGGUUUUCCUCCAGGCCCUCCUGGCAUCCAAGAAGCACAAGCCAGAACAGGAGGCCACAGCGCUUCUGAAGGAAGCAGCCGAGCUGCAUUUCUCCAGCAUGCAGGGCCUCCCUCUGGGCCCUGAGUACUUUGAACGGCUGAACCCCCCCUUCCUGGUCUGCAUCGCCAAGGAGUACUUGUUCUUCUGCCCCAAGCAGCCCCGGUCGCCAGGCCAGAUCGUGUCUCCACUUCUUAAACAAGCCGCCGUGAUCUUGAACCCUGUGGUCAGAGCAGCCCCAGCUCUGAUGGAGCCCCUUUAUCUGUCGGCUCAGGUCAAGCAUCUCUCAGGAGAGCUGGAGAAUGCCCAGAGCACCCUGCAGCGUUGCCUGGAGCUGGAUCCGACCUGGGCAGACGCCCACCUGCUCAUGGCCCAGAUCUACCUGGCUCAGGGCAACUUUGCCAUGUCCUCCCACUGCUUGGAGCUGGCUGUCAGCCACAACUUCCAGGUCCGAGACCACCCCCUCUACCACUUCAUCAGGGCCAGGGCCCUCAGCAAGUCGGGGGACUACCCAGAGGCCAUAAAGACGCUGAAAAUGAUGGUGAAAUUACCAGCUCUGCGGGUGGAAGAAGGCAGGAAGUUCCGCGGGCCCUCCGUGCGGCCCAGUGAGCGGGUGUCCAUCCUGCUGGAACUGGCAGAUGCCCUCCGGCUGAACGGGGAGCUGUCAUUUAUUCAGCUGCUAUUUAUUGAGAGCACACCGUACGCCAGGCACUGUGAUAGGAAGGAGCUGGGGAUAAGGAAGAACGAGGCCAAGAGGAGCGAGCUCUGUGAAAACCUGCCCGGCCCCCACACCAGUCUGCUACUAGGUGAUGCUUUCAUGAACAUCCAGGAGCCUGAGAAGGCCCUGGAGGUCUAUGACGAGGCAUAUAGAAGGAACCCACACGACGCUUCCCUGGUCAGCAGGAUUGGACAAGCUUAUGUGAAGACCCACCAGUACAACAAGGCAAUUAAUUAUUACGAGGCCGCCCAGAAGAUCAGCGGGCAGGACUUUCUGUGCUGCGAUCUGGCUGAACUGCUUCUGAAGUUAAAGAAGUUCACCAAAGCAGAAAAAGUUCUGAAGCAGGCCCUGGAGCAUGACUUCGUCAGAGACAUCCCAUCCAUGAUGAAUGAUGUCAAGUGCCUGCUUCUGCUGGCGAAGGUUUACAAGAGUCAUAAAAAAGAGGAUGUGAUGGAAACUUUGAAUAAGGCCUUGGACCUCCAGUCUCGGAUACUGAAGCGGGUUCCCCUGGAGCAACCAGAAAUGCUCCCCUCCCAGAAGCAGCUGGCAGCCUCCAUCUGCACCCAGUUUGGGGAGCAGCACCUUGCAGAGAAGGAGUACGCCCAGGCUGUGCGGGCGUACAAGGACGCCCUCUCCUACUUGCCCACUGACAACAAGGUGGGUGGUCUGUUCCCCCUCUCUGGGCGCCUGCCUUGUUGAGCUCCGUGGGUGGGGUCAGAGGCCAGCUCCUCUAUGAUGGCUGAUCUGCUGUUCAGAAAACAGAAUUACCAAGCGGCCAUCAAUCUCUAUCACCAGGCCCUGGAGAAAGCCCCAGAUAAUUUUUCAGUGCUGAGUAAGUUAAUCGAUCUGCUGCGAAGAAGCGGCAAACUUGAAGAGGCCCCCGCCUUCUUCGAAGUGGCCAAGAAGGUGUCCAGCCGCGCCCCCUUGGAGCCAGGCUUCAACUACUGCAGAGGCAUCUACCGCUGGCACACAGGGCAGCCCAACGAAGCCCUGAAGCUCCUGAACAAGGCACGCAAGGACAGCACCUGGGGCCAGAGCGCCACCUACUACAUGGUGCAGAUCUGUCUGAACCCGGACAACGAGAUCGUGGGCGGAGAGGCUUUUCAGAGCCUGGUGGCUGAGAGCAGCUCCCCAGAUAGGAAGGACUCGGAGCUGCAUGGCGUGCACACGGCCGAGAAGCUGCUGCGUGAAUUCUCCCCGCACUCGGCCGCCGGCCAGGCCCAGCUGCGGCUGCUGCAGAGCCACUGCCUGAUGGCCACCAGGGAGAAGGCUAACGUGGAGGCGGCGCUGGGCACCUUCACCGAGAUGGCCCAGGCCGAGAAGGACAGCGUCCCCGCCCUGCUGGCCAUGGCACAGGCCUAUGCGCUGCUGAAGCAGAUCCCGAAGGCGCGCACGCAGCUGAAGCGCCAGGCCAAGGCCCCCUGGUCGCUGGCCCAGGCCGAGGACCUGGAGAAGUGCUGGCUCCUGCUGGCCGACAUUUACUGCCAGGGCGGCAAGUUCGACCUUGCCUCGGAGCUGCUGCAGCGCUGCCUGCAGUACAACAAGUCCUGCAGCAAGGCCUACGAGUACAUGGGCUUCAUUAUGGAGAAGGAGCAGUCCUACAAGGACGCGGCAACCAACUACGAGCUGGCCUGGAAGUACAGCCAUCACGCCCACCCCUCCGUGGGCUUCAAACUCGCCUUCAACUACCUGAAGGACAAGAGAUUUGUCGAAGCCAUUGAAGUCUGCCACAGCGUUCUCAGGGAGCACCCCAACUACCCCAAGAUCAGAGAGGAAAUUUUGGAAAAGGCCCAAGGAUCCUUGAGGCCCUAG